CCGGCAGUCGGGCUCCCCGCGUGGCCGUGCGUGGACGUCACCGCGUCCCUUCCGAGAAAAACUUUCUUACGUCAAUUCAAUGGAUAUAACCUAACACGACGUGAGUUUUUGCAAAGUUGCAAAUAAAAUGUGAUUUCGUUUCGAUCCUUACAAUUCCAAAUGGCUAAUUAAUAACGUGUUUCGUUAAACGUGACGUGUUUGAUUGCCGAUGAUGUGAAUUUUAUAGUGCAUUGUGUUAAAAAGCAAAUAUGAGUAUCCAAAAGUGCCUCUUGGAUAACUCUAGCAGGAUGAUAAAAGCGAUGUCGACGGCCAAAUCGAAUAACAAUGAAGUUAAAACGGGCGUCCAAAGUGGUCUCAAAAAAGUGGGGCUGGCGAUGCUGUCGUUGUCAAUACCGGUCGAUGACAAAAAGAAAAAAACAACCCGCAGUUGGAUAGAGAGCACAUUCCAGAAGCGAGAAUGUAAAUUCUUCGUUCCUAGCGCCAAGGACGAGCAUGUAUGUUGGUGCGGCUUGAGCAAGACAGCGCAUGGGUCGAGUGCGGCGUGCGCAGGGCCCGGGGAGGCGUGGGUGCCCGCGCGGCACACGCAGCCCGCACCCACCGACGCCUACGGCACUGUCGAGUUCCAAGGCGGUCCGCAUCCUACUAAAGCACAGUACGUCCGUCUAUCACACGACACGCGGCCUGACCUGAUAGUUCAAUUGCUAACGCGAGAAUGGGCACUGGACAGACCGAAACUUCUCAUCACCAUACAAGGAGGAAAGGCCAACUUCGAUCUGCAGCCAAAGCUGAAGAAAGUGCUUAGGAAAGGUUUGCUUAAAGCCGCGAAGACAACAGGCGCGUGGAUCUUUACUGGAGGAACUAAUACAGGUGUAACACGUCAGGUGGGCGAUGCGUUACAACUGGAGCGGUCGCAGCGAGCAGGCAGGGUCGUCAGCAUCGGUAUCGCCCCCUGGGGUAUUGUGGAGGGCGCCCACGAACUGAUCGGAAGGGGACGGGAUGUUCCAUACCACGCUAUUGCAUCUCCCAGGUCGAAGUUAGCAGUAUUAAAUAACCGCCAUGCAUAUUUCCUACUGGUCGACAACGGCUCAGUAGGUAGAUACGGUGCUGAGAUAGUGCUUAGAAGAAAGCUGGAGAAGUACAUUGCUGCACAGAAGUUACAUCCAUACACGCAUUCUUCAACACCGGUGGUAUGCCUUGUGAUAGAAGGCGGUACUAACACAGUGCGUGCUGUUCUCGAGUACGUGACGGACUCCCCGCCAGUGCCAGUGGUGGUUUGCGAUGGGAGCGGAAGAGCGGCAGACCUCAUCGCCUUCGUACACAAGUAUGCAUCAGAGAGUGGUGAGCAGACGGUGCUAGAAUCAAUGCGUGACUACCUGAUAGGCACAAUACAGAAGACGUUUGAAGUGGGCUUGCAGCAGGCGGAGUGUCUGUACAGCGAACUGCUGCAGUGCACGAGGAAGAAGAAUUUGAUCACAGUGUUCAGGAUCCAAGAGCGUGCUGAAGGUGGGGAGGUGCAGGAAUUAGACCAGGUUAUCUUGACGGCGCUGUUCAGAGCGCAACACCUGUCUCCUAGCGAACAGCUGUCUUUGGCACUGACCUGGAAUAGAGUGGACAUUGCCAGAUCGGAGAUAUUUGUCUAUGGACAGGAGUGGCCGCCAGGAGCACUAGACGAAGCAAUGAUGCAAGCUUUAGAACACGAUAGAAUAGACUUCGUUAAACUCCUGCUAGAGAACGGCGUGUCUAUGAGGAAAUUCCUUACGAUACCACGUUUAGAAGAGCUAUAUAAUACAAAGAGCGGCCCUAGUAACACACUGAGGUAUAUCCUGAGAGACGUGAGGCCGCAUCUACCGCGGGGAUAUGUGUACACUCUACAUGAUAUUGGUUUGGUUAUUAAUAAGCUUAUGGGAGGUGCAUAUAGGUGCUACUACACCCGUCGCAAGUUCCGUCCUAUCUACGCCAAAGUGAUGAACAAGAGCGUAAACGUGCACCGUAAUAGUGCGUCGUUCACGCGGCACAACGCUGGAGGACUGUCCCUCAUCACUGGCUUCAUGCCAGUCACCUCGGAGAUGGCGCUCUUCGACUAUCCUUUUAAUGAACUACUCAUGUGGGCAGUGUUAACAAAAAGACAUCAAAUGGCAUUAUUAAUGUGGACGCAUGGAGAAGAAGCUCUGGCGAAAUCUCUGGUCGCCUGCAAACUGUAUAAAGCGAUGGCACAUGAAGCUGCCGAGGAUGAUAUGGAGACUGAGGUAUAUGAGGAACUCAGACAUUACGGAAAGGAAUUUGAAACCAAAGCUUUGGAAUUGCUGGAUUAUUGUUACCGACAAGACGAUGAUCAAGCUCAACAACUGUUAACAUGCGAGCUACAAAACUGGUCCGGACAGACUUGCCUCAGUCUAGCUGUGGCAGCCAAUCACCGCGCUUUACUCGCACACCCCUGCUCACAAAUCAUCCUCGCUGACCUCUGGAUGGGAGGACUUAGAACCAGAAAGAACACCAACCUUAAGGUAAUUCUGAGUCUGCUGUUCCCGCUGUACAUUCUCCACCUGGAAUUCAAGUCCAAGGAGGAACUCCAGCUGAUGCCACAGACAGAAGAGGAGCAUUUGGAGAACGAAAGUAUGGAAGACGAUAGAAGCACGAAGGAUCCGAAUGAUGCUGAGGCGUUGAUUGGCUCAGGGGCCGAAUGCGAGACCCGUGUCGAUCAAAAUGGGAAAGUUGGUAAAAUAGGCUGGGAGCCGUCGUAUAGAGAACUGCCAGAGUAUCACGCUCCAGAAGACAAGAGGAUGCGACCUUUGCGGCUCAGAAAGAAGAUAUAUGAAUUCUUUACUGCGCCUAUUACGAAGUUUUGGGCUGAUUCGAUUGCCUAUAUUCUGUUCCUUCUGAUGUUUACGUAUACAGUAUUAGUCAAGAUGGAUCUGACGCCAUCUUGGCCGGAGAUAUACUCCAUAUGUUAUAUAUUAACUUUCUUAUGUGAGAAGAUAAGGGAAAUUAUUACGUCCGAACCAGUUGCUAUUAGACAUAAGUUCAGUGUGUGGGCGUGGAACAUGUGGAAUAUGUAUGAUGCGGGAUUCAUUAUAUUCUUCUUGGUGGGGCUCGCGCUGCGCCUUCGCGCUAGCUCAAUGGACGUCGGCCGCGUCAUCUACUGCGUCGACAUCAUCUACUGGUAUCUUAGGAUACUCAAUAUAUUGGGGGUUAAUAAAUAUUUAGGUCCAUUGGUAACGAUGAUGGGUAAAAUGGUAAAAAAUAUGAUAUACUUUGUGGUGCUACUGCUAGUUGUACUGAUGUCGUUCGGUGUCGCCCGCCAGGCGAUACUCUACCCGGACAAAGAAGCUAGUCUUUAUUUGAUAAGAGAAGUUUUCUUCCAACCUUACUUCAUGUUGUACGGUGAGGUGUUUGCCGAGCAAAUGGCGCCCCCGUGCGGCUUGCCGGGGCUCGAGAAGUGCCGGGUCGGGCACUGGGUGCCGCCGGUCGUAAUGAGCGUGUACCUUCUCAUCGCCAACAUUUUACUUGUCAACCUUCUUAUUGCCGUUUUCAAUAACAUCUUCAUUGAAGUCAACGGAGUGUCGCACCAGAUAUUCUUUCAACCGUACUUCAUGUUGUACGGUGAAGUUUUCGCGAGUGACAUCGACCCGGAAUGCGGUAUGGACAUUUACGACCCAAAGUGUGUCACCGGGCGUUGGAUCACGCCCAUCGCGAUGACCAUCUACCUCCUUGUGGCGAAUAUUUUACUCAUAAACCUCCUCAUUGCGGUCUUUAACAAUAUAUUUAAUGAAGUCAAUGAAGUCUCGCAUCAGGUUUGGAUGUUCCAAAGAUUCACUGUUGUUAUGGAAUACGAACAGAAGCCAGUAUUGCCACCUCCACUGAUUAUAUUUUGUCACAUCUACGCGACUUGUAAAUGGGUGACAAGGAACGUAUCUCACAAAAGGUUUCAAUACGACAAUGGCCUUAAGUUGUUCUUAGAGAAAGAAGACAUGGAGAGAUUGUAUGAUUUUGAAGAGGAAUGUGUUGAAGGUUAUUUCAGGGAACAAGAAGUUAAAUUGUCAAAUUCAAUAGAAGAAAGAGUGAGAAAUACGACAGACAGAGUUGAGCACAUCACUACAAAAAUGGAAGAUUUAAACCAAAAAGCUAAUUGUCAAAUACAAUCUGUGCAGAGUGUGGAGUUUAGGUUAAGAAAGCUAGAAGAUGUCGCUGAGCAAACAAUGAACCAUUUGGCGGUGAUACAUCGGUUCAUGGCGACUCAUCCCUCUUUAGUAAAUCGAGGAUCAACAGACACGUUAGGACCACCACCACCGACAUUCCAGGCUGGAGGAGCCAGGCUAAGAACAGCCAGUGACAGAUCUGAGGUGCUGUCAGACAGCGACACGGGCGCCGCGCGGUUCGCCGUCCGCCCCGUGCAGGAGGAGGACGAGCAAGCCUCGCAGCCCUCGGACGAUGAGCUACCGCAAUCGGGACCGGACGCGACAGCUGAAAAGGAACAAGAAGCUGACUCAAUAUCAACGUCUUCAGCUGGCAGUGUGGCGGGGCCUGAUGUUACGGUAAUCAGACCAACUGUACCCGCAACACCAGCCAGACAAAGGUCCUCAGAUAGCAACCGAACUGAGCCCAGCGAUGAAAAGAAGAUUCCUUCAACAAAUGACGAUGCCUUCUUACCAGAAGUGCGCGAAAUACCAACAGAUACAAGCAACCUUCGACCAAGAACAACCUCCGCUGGAACACGACGCACUGCAAACACCAGACGACGAUCGGAAGGUGGUAACGACUGUGGCGUGGGCGGGCAUCAUUCUGCACAGCACCUGGCGCCCCGGAGACAGCACAGCCAGACACACUCCGAGCCGGACAACUCUGCAGUCGAUGCUUGUUCUUUACAUAAUUCUGUUACUGGCCGUCAGUCCGGGUGGGAAGCGACGGGUGGUGCAGGUGGGAUGUCGUCAGGUCGCACUCGUGUUGGCGGCGCACCUCGCUCCCUGCUGCUCGCCAUGCACGAGUACACCAGCAUCACGGACGAGUUGGAGACUGUCUACGGCUUAUUCUCUCCUCCUCAUACACCAAGGACUCCAAUAACAUCACGUCUCCUGUCUCCGGCGCGCGCGGCGUCCCCUUCCCUGCGGCGCCGCCACGCCAGCGAAAUGUCCAACCCGGAGUUCGCCCUCUUCAUGGAGAAGGAGCACCUCCGUGGUGCAGAGGAGGACGACUACAUCAUUAUGGAGAACCUCAUACAGCGCCGCAUAGAAAUGGAGUGUUACCUGGGCAGAUACGAGGAGGAGGAGGCGGGUGAGGGGAGCGCAGGAGGUGAGGUGUCGGGGCCGGGGGGGGAGGUGACGGCAGUUAGUAUCAGCGUGUGCGUCAACAACGAGGAGCCGCCGCAGAACUCGCAGCUGCUGACUGUCGCUGACCGCCGGCUGGUACAUCAGAGGCAUUCCCUUCGUCGGUCUUCGGCAAUUGACAGCCGCGAGUUGCCCUCGCCACUGCAGCCGCUGUUGGGUGAUGAUAGUUGCGGAGAGGUGCUGCUGCCGGUGCCCAGGCAACCUUCAGGUGAGACAAACGCAUCAAGCGACAUAUCUCUGUCUCACAUGGUGAGUGAGAACUUGCCGCCGCGGCCGUCCAUAGUGCUGGACUCGUCGCAGUUGCCGCGGCAGCGCUCCGCCGAGCGGCCGCCCGCGCCGCACGCGCCGCCAGCGCACGCGCGCCCCGAGACCAUGUGCUGAGUAACACUUAAUUAGUAUUAGAGUAGAAAAUUGAUGUGAAUGGAGCAGCCUUCAACCAAAUAAUUCACAAUGAGACUGCUCUAAGGUUGCGUAUUAGGAAUAAUUUAGUAAAUUAAAAAUUUUAAUAUGGUAACACCAAAAACGACAUAUGUAUUAAAAAACCAGGUAUUAUAAA